GGGCGGAGUAGCAGGACUCUGCCUGGCCGCGCAGAGCUGCUCUCCGCUCCGUGUCGCUGCCGUUGCCGCUCCACUCAUGCGGACUCAGCCGCGGCUCAUGGAGUAGCCGGAGGUCUGGUGGUGGUGGUGGACGGACCGUGUCAGACUCGCAGCGGACUCGGUGACGCCGGUGGACCAUGGCUGCCAAAGAGGACCUCUACAGCAAAAUCCUCCCUCGGAGACUCCGGCACAACCGAGCGGGCUCGAUGAAAUGUGGCUCCAGCCUGGAUGUGCUGCUAUCCAUGGGCUUCCCCAGACCAAGGGCGCUCAAAGCUCUGGUGUCAACUGGAGGUCGGAGCGUGCAGGCAGCAUGUGACUGGCUGUUUUCCCAUGUGGACGAUCCAUUCCUGGACGACCCUCUACCUCGGGAGUUCGUCCUCUAUCUACGACCCAGCGGACCACUACAGAACCAGCUUUCUCACUUCUGGCAGCAGAGCCGGGUCACUUGUGGCAAAAACAAAGCCCACAACAUUUUCCCCCACAUCACUCUCUGCCAGUUCUUCAUGUGUGCAGACCACAAAGUAGAAGCUCUCUGUGAAGCCCUCCAGGCCACCGUACAGCAGUGGCGGGGUCGAUUCCCCAGCCCGCUGCCUCUGGAGCUCUACACCUCCUCUAAUUUCAUCGGCCUUUUCGUGGAGGAGCAGGUGGCCGACGUCCUCAAACAGUUUGCUGCUGACUUUGCCGCAGAGGCCACCAGGAAGGCAGAAGUCCAUGUGGAGCCUCACAGGAAGCAACUCCACGUAACUCUGGCCUACAACUUCCCCUCUGAUCACCUCCCAUCACUGGAGAAACUGGCCAAGGGCAUAGAGGUCAAGCUGGGCUGCGAUUGGCUGGCUGUUCUCUUUUCCCGGGACAUUCGUUUUGCUAACCACGAGACCCUGCGGGUGAUGUACCCCUACAUACCACAGAAUGACGACGAGCUAGAGCUGGUUCCUGGGGACUUUGUCUUCAUGUCCCCGGUAGAACAGACCAGCACUAGUGAAGGCUGGGUGUACGGGACGUCGCUGGCCACAGGCCUGUCUGGACUACUGCCUGAGAACUACGUCAGCCUGGCCAAUGAGUCCGACACCUGGAUCUUCCAUGGCUCCCACUCAUUCUUCAGCUGUGGGCCCAGCGAUAAGAGCGGUAAAGAGAGAGGGAUGUUUGAUGGGCUGCUGGACAGCCGACGCCCUGAAAGUACGAGUCCUGGAGACACACCCACCCUCAGCCUCAUUUGUCAUCCAGUGCAGCAGGUUCUGCGGAUCAGUGGUGGUCACUCUCGUCAGCCCAAGCGGACGCUUUUUGUCUGCCGGCACGGUGAGAGGAUGGACGUGGUCUUUGGCAAACACUGGCUCUCUCUCUGCUCCGACAGUAAAGGCAGAUAUGUGCGCUCCAACCUGAACAUGCCUUCCAGUUUGCCUCUCUGGGGAGGACGAGACUACGACAUGGACGCUCCCAUCACUGUGUUUGGAUCCACUCAGGCUCGAUUAGUGGGUGAGGCCCUGUUAGAGAGUAACACCGUGAUAGACUUUGUGUACUGCUCCCCCGCUCUGCGAUGUGUUCAGACUGCACAGAACAUCCUGAAAGGUCUGCAGCAGGACGGAAAGCUGAAGGUGCGAGUGGAACCGGGGCUUUUUGAAUGGACCAAGUGGGUGUCUGGGAACUCUCUGCCUGCAUGGAUACCUCCCACUGACCUGGCUGCUGCCCACUUCAGUGUGGACACAACUUACAGACCUCUGAUCCCAGUCAGCAAGCUCACUGUGUCUGAGUCCUACGAGAACUACAUGAGUCGGAGCUAUCAAGUGACCAAAGAUAUCCUGUCAGACUGCAAAAACACUGGAAAUAACGUGCUGAUUGUAGCCCACGCAUCUUCCUUAGAGGCCUGCACGCGCCAGCUGCAGGGCCGCAGCCCACAGAACACCAAGGACUUCAUUCAAGUCGUCCGAAAGGUCCCCUACCUGGGCUUCUGCUCCUGCGAGGAGCAGGGAGACACGGGGGUGUGGCAGUUAGUGGACCCUCCCAUCGCCCCCCUCACACACGGACCAAACCACACCUUUGACUGGAGAGAGACACUUCUGCAAGAAUGACACCUGCCUGAGCUGAACCCCUCAAACCUUAUUAUGCUGUACUCCCACAAACUGCAGAACCACAUUUCAGACCAGUGAUCCCACCCCGCAAAAACAAAAACAAACAAAAAAAAUACUGGCACUGUCUUUCUUUCAGCUUCUUCAGCAGCUGCCGGUGUCCGAGCAGGGUCAAGCUCAAGCUUCCGGCCCGGCUGUGAGUGAGCGGUGAGGGGAAAUACCUCCCUGACCGCUUCAGCAAUGGUUCAGAAAAUGCACCACACUCACGCGUCAUCAUAUUGUUACUCUGUUUAAAGAGAGGACGGUUUGGGCGGGAUGGCUCGAUGUCGGCCGCGCUGUGUAGGAAAGCUGAAAUAUCCAAACAUAUUCUCAGUCUCUGCGUAUUUCUAUGAAAUCAGAGGUAACACUGUUACACAAAUAUGUUUUCCCAGUGGAAGGGCCAAAAUGAAAAUUCGAGAGUUUCUGCUCAAUAUGUUCAUGUGAACAGGCCCAGAUUUUUGCCUUUGGUAUUUUUGCCUUUAUCACUAGCUACAGUGUAGACAGGCAGGACAUGUUUGAAAAGAGAGGAGAAGAAUGACUUGUAUUAGUGAUAUAUUUUAGUGAACUAAAUAGUUUGUGUUCCCCAAGUGAGAUGAAGCUAAACUCUUGGAACUAAACGCUUGGUUACCUGUGUCCAAAGCCAUUCCCCUGUUUGCCCCCGAUUUGCUUUAAUGAACAGACGUUUCUCAUAAAUCUUCAUCAUUUUGCGUCCUCACUUAGUGUCAACCAAGGAUGGGCAGCAAUAACUAAAAGAACCGGUUCCAACUGGUUCAGUUCAUCGAUAUCAUCAGCCUCCAUGCUUAUCAAUUCCCCUUAUCAAUACUUUUUGUGACGAAUCUUUACAUCAGCGUCCAGAAGGUGGCAGUAAUGCACCAAAAAGUUGAGGAAUCUUUACGUCGAAGCGUCGUUCACAUGGCUAAGUCUCAGCAGAGCAGCGCUAGUGACGAUCCAGUGGCCAAUUUCCCAUGUUUCUUACACAAGAUCUUAUGUUUUAUUUAGAAACUCAAUAAAAGGAGGAACUGAUAAGGAAAUCGAUGAAGAAUCAGACUGAUAAGCAAAAUCGUUAAUGGCAUCAGUGUCAAUAAACUCCUAUGGAUGCCCAUCCCUAGUGUAACUUUGGUUUUCUAUUACAUUGCGUUAUUAGAAAGCCACAUUCAUUCAUUGCUACGCUAUGUGGGUAUAAUUGAUGGCACCAUCUACUCAAAUCACUCAAGUCACUUAAAUUCUGUUCACCCGUCCAUCUCUUCUUCUUUUUUUUUUGUUUUUUACCCACAAAGUAAAAUUCAAACCAACCCAACCUAGCAACGCUGCUAGCAUGCAACAUGUAUUUGGUGUUUGGUGCAGAGUUCAUGUGCUCACUCCCCUUAAUUGAAGCAGACUGAGGGUGAUUUGUAAUGACAGCGUACAUGCUUUCCUGCACAGGUCCUGGCAGCAGCAUCGAGCCACAGGGCUCCCGACCAAACAUGAAAACACAAGGUAUUUAUUGUUUUGAAACGGAUUGCCUCCUUUGUCCUGCUAACCCUGCGUCACUAGCCGUUGGGGUGUGGGGGGACUUCAGGUCUUCAUCUGGGACUGCCCUCAUGCUUCCCGCACAACGUGGCCCCACAUGUUUCGCAUUCAGUACAGAACAGCUGCAACUAUAACAGCACAACCUGCACUAUUGACAAUCACACAGUAGCUUCUUGAUUCCGGUCCAGCAGCAGUUUUGGUGUGCGUUCAUUAGUUAAUGUCGUAUUCUGAUUCCGGAGAGAAGAGAAAAAAAAAAAAAAAAAAAAAAACGUCUUCCAGUUUUAUUUGUGUUUAUUUAUGAGCCUUUUCUUUCAGAUGUUCCAAGCAAAAAUAUUAAAGAGGAUCAUUUUUAACAGCAUGCAAGAACUUACGCUCUGUAUCUCAGGUCUUGACAGCAUUUAACACACGCACAUUCAGUAUAUAUGCAGCUUCGAAGUGUCUGUGAUGUUGUACCUCUUGAAGACGAACGUCUCCUGGUGGACUGACUGCCCGCUGAUAGCCGCAGCUUCAGGAGGUGGAAAGUCCGCCAGCGGCAAACGGAAGUAGUCGGUGCUUCGGCACGUCGCACACGUAGCAUAUUAUUACAGCCCAAACGUUGCAUGCUUCCACCUUAUUAUCUCUCAUCCUAGCGUCAUUUAGGAAGCCCUCUCGGUUUAAGGCUCAUUUUGCACUGGAGUAUUCUGCUUCAUUGUUCACACUGAUGGAUUUAACACAGCCAGAGAAGCUGGAAAAUAAAACUCUGACCGCGUAGAAUGAGUAAAGACAUUUACUCUCUGUGAUGCUGGGGACAUACCCUAAUAGACAGUGUAUUAACACACUUGUGUCUCCCGGAGCUUUUUCUCAGCGCCAUUAAUCUGUAGCAAUUGGUCGACAUUUUCAGCUGUUCAGCUCUGCCCACACCCGAUGCUAAGCAUUUUAAUAGAAUAGUUUGACAUAUUUUGGGAAGGAUCAUUGUUUGCUCUCUUACUUAAAGUUGUAUCAUAUUUGAUACUACUCGUGUCUAAAUUUGUUCGAUAGCAGCAGCUGACACUCCUCAGCCUUUUACUUAUACACAUGCUUCAUCUUGAUGGUUCAUCUUUUCACCGGUGUAGCUAGCAGCUAAUGCUAAUGGUCAUACAUUUGCGUAGACCUUUUUUUUUUUACCUACCUACUAUUAGAUAGAAAAGCAGUACUCAAAGCAACUUACACAAUUACUCAUCUACCUGUUUGUUCACACAAGAACACACACAGUCACAACUGGGGACUCUGUGUUGCUCGAGGACACUUCGUCACGUGGUCUACUGGGGAUAGAACGGCUUAUCCCCUGGUUCGUGGACAACUUGCCGUACCUAUGUGGAAGCACAGCCGCCCCAUCACACCUUUUGUCCAGCGUGAGCUUAAUACAAUGUUAUAUACAUAUUUCCAAAAAUGUCGAACUAUAAAUUUAAAAGCAUUCUGGUCAAUUUGCACUGCCAUUUGCUUUCUAUGUAAAAAAAAAAGAUCUUCAAAUCCAUUCAGGAGAAAUCUUGCCACUUGGAAAACAUGUUUAACAUUGACCUUGUUGUGCACAUGAUAUGUUACGUUGCCGUCGUCCAUCUUGUGAAAACAGAGAGCAUCUCAGCCUGACCUGACAACCAUAAAUAGUCUAUAAAGAAGGAGCUGAGUGUAGGUGUUGGAUUGGGAAGAAGUACAUACCACAGAAAUGUGAACGGUUUUCUCUUUUUAACUAACUGUUACUUUCCUCACAUAAAAUACUGGAGCAACAGGUAUUGGAUUCAAGAGUUACUAACUGUGUGUCCGUAGAAAGUGUUGAGUUCUUUUGUGUCAAACUCAAGAAGAAGAGGGCCUGUGAGAUGUAAACAGAGGAAGAAGCCAUGUUGUUCCUGUAUUUCUUAUUUAUUGUCUGAACAUAUCACCAAAUGUGUACAGCAAUUAAUUUAAAUUAGUUACUUCUUUCUUAUUUCUUACAUUUGUUGAUUUAUAAUUUAAGAUGAAGUGUGUUUUUAGUUUUAAAGUUACUAUCAAGUAUCAAGUUCUGAAGAAACAGGCUGUGCUUUUUAAGCAGCUGUAUUAUUUUAAUAUUUUGAGUGUAAGAAAACGGUCAGUCUAUGACGGUGUUCAUUUGCAGUUUGGUUUUGUUCUGAUGGAACAUGAAAUAAAAGCAUAAUUUUUCUCCAUAGCAAUAGCAUUGCAAAA